AUGUAUCUCCCAGAAGUUGAUCAGAGCUCAAGAUAUGCUGCUGAUAGAGCCAAUGGUCCGUCAAAACGGGCUGGAUAUAAUGCUUCCGUCCCGGUCGCCGCCAGCUGGCUCCCAGUCGCUGAGCUGUCUCCGGAGCAGAUGAAGCGAGAACGCCAGGCACUUCGGCGCAAUAUGCUACGAGCCCACAGUGAGUCCACGCUUGGAUGGCAUGGCUGUGCCUCCUGGUGCGGUGAGAACCAUUGCUGGGGAGUAGCCGGAUGA